CAUGCCUUGCAGGACCUAUAGUAGUGUGUUUCCGUAAUCUCAAGGCUGAACGCAGCAUUGGAAGACCAUGGCAAGUGUCGCCGAAACUUCUGUUAGGCUCAACAGUGGCUACCACAUGCCACUCCUCGGCUUUGGCACAUGGCAGAUCACUCAACCAGAUGUGGUUCAAAGUUCAGUGGAAGCAGCCAUUGCCGCUGGUUACAGACAUAUAGACACAGCUUUCAGCUAUGAGAAUGAGAAGAAGAUUGGGGCAGCCAUAAGAGCCCAAAUCGAGAAAGGAAUCAUCAAGCGAGAGGACAUGUUUAUAGUCAGCAAGUUAUGGGUUACCUACAUGGCUCCAGAAGAUGUCCCACUGUGCCUAAAUAAAACACUGAGUGACCUGCAGCUUGACUAUGUGGAUUUGUAUCUCAUUCAUUUCCCGUUCGCUUUGCAACGAAAAGGCAAUGAACUCUUUCCAAAGGAAGAUGGCAAAAUGCUGACUUUAGACAUUGAUUAUGUUGAAACCUGGAAGGCAAUGGAAUCUUUGGUGUCUAAAGGUCUGGCAAAAAGCAUUGGUGUGUCAAAUUUCAACAUUUCUCAGCUGAAACGAUUGCUGGCUUCUGCUAAGAUACCACCAGCUGUGAAUGAGGUUGAGUUGCAUCCUUAUUUAGUCCAGAGUGACCUAGAGCAGUUUUGUAAAUCUAUGAAUAUUAUGCUGACAGCUUUCUGCCCACUUGGAUCACCAAACAGACCCCAGGAAUAUCACAGGGGAGAAAAAGACCCCGAGAAUUUGUUACAGGACCCUGUUGUAGCUGAGAUAGGAAGGAAGCACAAGAAGAGCCCAGCACAGGUUCUUCUGCGAUAUCAUAUAGAAAGAGGAGUGGCUGUCAUUCCAAAAAGUGUGAAACCCAAUGAAAUUCUGGAGAAUACUAAGAUUUUUGACUUCACUUUGGAUAAAGAAGACAUGGAGAAUCUGCAAAAUCUGAACAAAGGCUGGAGGGCAUGUAUUCUUGAAGAAUUGAAGGAUCAUGUUCACUAUCCAUUCAAAGACUAGGAAUACUAGUGAAGAACAUUACUACAAAAGGACGACAAAUAAUUACAUUAAUAUACAGCAUAACACAAAUCAUGUCAACUGCAUCCUUUUCAAAAGAGCUGUCAAAAAACAGUAAAAUAAAAUGAAUGCGUCUUUUA